AUGAAUAAUUAUGCAGAUCUCUCAACAACCAUAUCAAAGCAGGGAGAAAUCUGGCACAAUGAAAUUGACAAACUUGUUAAUAAACUUAAAGCUGAAAUUGAUGUAAAGAAAAGCAUAAUGAUACAUAUUCUACAAAAACAUCUUGAUUAUGUAAAAAAGAUCACUUUUGAAAUCAAAGAAGGAAUAUAUUUAAUAGACAUUGCUGUCGAGUCUCAUGACAUUUCCAAAUUAUUUAUAGAUACUUUCAAUAUAGACACGUAUAGACAACUACCACAUAAAAUUCUGCUUUCCUCACCCACAUUCAUCCCAGGAAGAAUCAAUGGGGAACAACUUUCUAAGGUGUUUGGGGCUUUAUCAACAACUACUUUCCGAGAAAAAAAUGAGUACAGCAUGAAAACAAGUGAAAAGCAACUAGAAAUCAGAUCCACUCCUUCACUCAAACAACUGCUCGAGGAACCAGAGACUAUCAUUACCAUAAACACUGGGUAUAACGAUUAUAUACACAGUGUUGCCUGUAACAAUGAUAAAGAAAUUUGGACAAUUGGAGAUAACAAUACUGUAAAACUCUUCAGCAUCAAACAAGGAUUACAACUUAAGUCAAUCACAAUUAAUUCAAUGACUACAAUAUUCUACAUCUCAUUAACAAACACUGGAGAUCUUCUUUAUGUUGAUUAUGAGAAUAAAACUGUUAAUAUUUUGAAGAAUGAAGACAUAGAGGAGGUGAUACGACUACAGAACUGGAGACCCCUGGGUGUCUGCACCAGCUGCUCUGGUGACCUUCUGGUUAUUAUGGACAGUGAUGAUAAAAAACAAUCUAAAGUUGUCCGUUACUCUGGUUCCACACCGAAACACACAAUUCAGUUUGACGAUUUAGGGAUUUCUCUAUAUCCAUCUCGUGGAUUUUUAAUAAAAUACAUAACUGAAAACAGAAACUUAGAUAUCUGUGUGGCUGACACAGGAGCUAAAGCAGUUGUGGUGGUCAAUCAGGCCGGGAAACUGAGGUUUAAAUACACUGGACAUACUCCUGUUGAAAAGAAAACAUUCAAACCACGAGGAAUCGCUACAGACAGUCAUAGUCACAUCCUUACAGGGGACUCUAAUAACCUCUCUAUCCACAUCAUAGACAAAGAUGGACAGUUUCUCCGUUAUAUAGACUGUGUUUCAAGCAAACCCCGAGGACUCUGUACAGAUAAAAGUGACAAUCUAUUUGUUAUUCAAAGUAUUAAUGAACAGCUCAUGAAAAUCAAAUAUCUGCAGUGAAAUUGUCCACAGUUUAGUACCUACACUGUAAAGGUGGUGUAUUUAAAGGAUUGCUUGAAUAUUUUGUAGAUUAGUAGCGCAUCAAAUCCU